AUGUCGAAUAUUGUUGAUAAUGGAAAUCAUCAAGGCGUAAGGACAAUAGCAGUGGCCGUAGACGAGGGCAUUGCCAGCCAAAAUGCUUUGAAAUGGGCUGUUACUCAUCUUCUCUAUGGAUCUACCCGUCAUACUCCUAUCAAGCUUCUCCAUGUUAUUAACCCUUCUAAUUCCAAUAAUACCCCCCAUGCAACUGGGCAAGCUCAUGAAGCUCCAAACAUGGACUUCAUGCUUCCAUUUCGGUGCUAUUGUACUCGCAAACGAGUACAAUGUGAGACUGUUGUGCUGGAGGAUCAAGAUGUGGCCGAGGCAUUACUUGACUACAUCUCCCGCAAUGGCAUUGAGUUUAUUGUUCUUGGUGCUACCGCUACAUCCAGGAUUGGGUUUUCUAGGCGUCUGUUCAAGGCAUCUGAGUCUAUUCCAGGCAGAGUCCUAAAGUUGGCACCACAUUUCUGCUCUGUAUACACCAUCAAACAAGGUAGGGUAUGCGAAGGGCGUGAAGCCUCUCGUCCUCUACCAAACAUUCGAGCAGCUGAUGAGAGGGCAGAAGAAUCUAAUCACAUAGGCAGAGCUCCAAGCAACAGAGCAUAUGAUGAGGUCUCAUUGCCUGACAAUGACAUCUCGCUUGGAAGACCAAGUACUGAUAGCAUAUCUUUUUACCAAAAUUUUGGGUCUGCUGAUAUGAGCCGAGUUCUUUCAGCAUCCUCAAAUUACUUGGAGAGUAUUGCAAAACUAGAAUCAGAUUUCAGCAGUUUCGAUUUGAACAUUCCACAUGAACUGUCAUCAACUGCCCAAGGAAUGCCAUUCCUGUCACAGAAAAUAUUCGAUGAAAUGGAAGAUGAGAUGAAAAGGCUUAGAGUGGAGCUGAAGCAAACGAUGGACAUGUACCAUGCAGCCUGCAAAGAAGCAGUGGCAGCAAAACAGAAGGCUAUUGAGCUGGAAGAGUGGAAAAUGAAAGAAGGGCAAAGACUAGAAGAGACACGACGUGCCCUAGAAGCAACUCUGGCAGCUAUGGAGAAGGAAAGAGCCAACUCUAAGGCAACAAUUUUGGCAGCUGAUGGCGGAGCAGCUGAGCGGUUUGCUGAGAAAGAGUUGCAAAGGACCAUAAAUGCAGAUCAGAUCUUCAAAGCUCUAAGAGAGGCUAAUGAUGAAGAGAAGAAAAGGGUUUUGGAUGCUUUAGGCCAGUCUCAUAUAGUUUUCAAAUACCAAAGCUUAAAAAAGAAAUCCCAGAUCGCUGUCCUGAGUGGUCGAAAGAUCGUUGUCCUGAAUUUGAUCUAUAUUGAACCUUGA